CUGCACACUGUUCCCGCACCCUAUGAGUUGACAAUAGAUGCCGACGAAUUAAUUUACCCUUCAACAAAUUCCCGCCGCUCAAAAAAAACCAAUGAACCACCAAGGCCCCAGAAUAGUUUCCUUUUGUUUCGCAAAGAUUUUGAAGCAAAAUAUAGGUCCCUUCACAAAGGUGAAAAAAUUAUUGCCAAAAAAAUUUCAUCUUUAGCCGCUCAAAGGUGGAGUGAACAACCACCUUCUGUGAGAAUUUUUUUUAAACAAUUAGAAAUCAAGGCCCUUAAGAAACAUAAGGAAAUGUUCCCAAAUUACCGAUAUCAACCCAAUAAGAAAAAACAGGAUCUUAAAAACAAUGUUUUAGAGGAUGCUAACUGUUUAAAUUCUGGGACUUUGUCACCACAAAGCGUUGAAAGUUCCGGACCAUCUUCUGAAUCAUUAGAUCCAAGUACUACUAACUCACAAGAUGUAGUGCAUGACAUAAAUACAUUCUUUACACCAAAUA